AUGAAACUACUAACUGUUCUCGCCGUAUGCCUCUUGGGCUGCGCAAUCGCGUCCGCCAGCGAAGUUGAUUGGUCUAAGGUACGUUCGUUAGAUGUCCACCCAGCAAUUGCAGUUAAUCCACGGUUGCCUUAUGACCGUCUUGAAGGACGUAUCACCAAUGGUAUUGUGGCCGAAGAGAAACAAUUCCCUCAUCAAGCCGGUUUAUUGCUAUACUUUUCUAGUGGAGCUGCGUGGUGUGGUGGCAGUUUGAUCUCAGAACGUUGGAUUUUGACAGCGGCCCAUUGCGCAGAAGGCGCAAUUGGUGUCGACGUGUAUCUGGGCGCCUGGAAUCGUACCGAUAAAACUGAAAAGAACCAGCAGAUCAUCUACUCAUCUGCUAAGAAUAUAAUUGUUCAUGAAGAAUGGGAUGCCUCCUUGUUGCUCAAUGACAUUGCACUUAUUAAGCUGCCAGUUGAAAUUGAAUUCAAUGACUACAUUCAACCUAUUGCUCUCCCCAAAAUCUCGUCUACAUACGACACCUAUGCUGGUAAACAAGCGAUCGCUUCUGGUUGGGGAAAGAUUAGCGACAGUGCUACAAGUGCCACCGAUGUGCUGCGCUGGAUUGAAGUGCCUAUUUUAGAAAAUCGGUCAUGCAAUUUAUGGUUCCUCGGCUUAAUUCAGUCAUCAAAUAUCUGCAUCAAAACUACUGGUGGUACUUCUACUUGCAAUGGUGACUCCGGUGGCCCAUUGAUAUACAAUGAUGGUGAGGAAAGCGUCCUGAUCGGUGCCACUUCAUUUGGCAUUUCUUUGGGCUGUGAAGUUGGCUGGCCAGGUGCGUUUACUCGUAUUACAUCAUACGUGGAUUGGAUUAAGGAAAAAUCCGGUGUUGCCAACGAAUACACCAUGAAGUUCUUCGUAGUAUUCGCUCUCCUCUUGGCUUCGGCCUACGCUUCGCCAACAAUUUUCCAAAGGGGAUUGGUUGUUCCCAUUUUGGAUGACAGCGUCGAGGGACGUAUUACUAAUGGCCAAACCGCUUCAACUGGCCAAUUCCCAUAUCAAGUUGGUCUCUCAUUGCAAGUGAGCUCUACUUCGUCAGCCUGGUGCGGUGGUUCUUUGAUUGGUAGCAAAUAUGUCCUAACAGCUGCUCAUUGUACCGACGGUAUUUUACAAGUUACCGUCUACUUGGGUGCUACACAACGCACAUCGGCCGAGCUUACAUACACCGUAUCGAGCAGUGAUAUAAUCAUCCACUCUGGCUGGAGUUCCAGGACUUUGAGGAACGAUAUUUCUCUCAUUAAAAUCCCAUCCGUUUCCUACACUAGCAGAAUCCAAGCUGUUCCAUUGCCUGCUGUUUCUAGCUCUUACUCCACUUAUGCCGGUGAUUCUGCCGUCAUUUCUGGUUGGGGACGUAUCAGCGAUUCUGCUACCAGUGUGACCAACAGCUUGCAAUACGCCACCGUACAAGUAAUUACCAACACUGUCUGUGCUUCAACAUUUGGAUCAACGUAUGUGACCAGCGGCAACAUUUGUAUCGCCACCACUGGCGGAGUAUCCACUUGCAACGGUGACUCAGGUGGCCCAUUGUUCCACACCAUGAAUAUGAAACUACUAACUGUUCUCGCCGUAUGCCUCUUGGGCUGCGCAAUCGCGUCCGCCAGCGAAGUUGAUUGGUCUAAGGUACGUUCGUUAGAUGUCCACCCAGCAAUUCCAGUUAAUCCACGGUUGCCUUAUGACCGUCUUGAAGGACGUAUCACCAAUGGCAUUGUGGCCGAAGAGAAACAAUUCCCUCAUCAAGCCGGUUUAUUGCUGUACUUUUCUAGUGGAGCUGCGUGGUGUGGUGGCAGUUUGAUCUCAGAUCGUUGGAUUUUGACAGCGGCCCAUUGCGCAGAAGGCGCAAUUGGUGUCGACGUGUAUCUGGGCGCCUGGAAUCGUACCGAUAAAACUGAAAAGAACCAACAGAUCAUCUACUCAUCUGCCAGGAAUAUAAUUGUUCAUGAAGAAUGGGAUGCCUCCUUGUUGCUCAAUGACAUUGCACUUAUUAAGCUGCCAGUUGAAAUUGCAUUCAACGACUACAUUCAACCAAUUGCUCUUCCCAAAAUCUCGUCUACAUACGACACCUAUGCUGGUAAACAAGCGAUCGCUUCUGGUUGGGGAAAGAUUAGCGACAGUGCUACAAGUGCCACCGACGUGCUGCGCUGGAUUGAAGUGCCUAUUUUAGAAAAUCGGUCAUGCAAUUUAUGGUUCCUCGGCUUAAUUCAGUCAUCAAAUAUCUGCAUCAAAACUACUGGUGGUACUUCUACUUGCAAUGGUGACUCUGGUGGCCCAUUGAUAUACAACGAUGGUGAGGAAAGCGUCCUGAUCGGUGCCACUUCAUUUGGCAUUUCUUUGGGCUGUGAAGUUGGCUGGCCAGGUGCGUUUACUCGUAUUACAUCAUACGUGGAUUGGAUUAAGGAAAAAUCCGGUGUUGCCAACGAAUAA